AUGGAGAUAUUGCAAGAUGCGUGGUGGCUAUUAGGCGUCAUGUCUGUGUCUUUUCGGCAGACCUUGCGGACAAUUGACCAUGCUUUGCCCCUUGCAGUCAGUGCUGGAGAUCAUGAUCAUCCAUCAGUGCUUGGAAUUGUCGGCCGGCAGGUACAGGACUCACCAUCCAGAAUGUUCAACCACGCAUUCUUCUCAGACCAUCUCCGUGCAUAUGCUGUGGACUCCAAUGUAGGAAAUAAUGGUGCCGAUAAGGAAAGGGACCUUGUUAAGAAGCAGCUUGUCUUGGUCGCAAUUAAAGACCAUCACCCGGAAGAUCGUUGUCUUGUCAUAGAUACAUUAUUGGAGCCGGAGCUGCCAGAAUCAGAAGUCGUCUUCAGGAUACUCAUGUCCUUUGGGCCACACGUAAUCGAAGGUAGGGUCAUCUGUGAGCAGUGA